AUGUACAGCAGAGCUGGUACCACUGGUGGCGAAGGCGACAACAGAAGAAGACACUCCUCACAUGACGACGCAUAUAUCGUGUCAUCGACCUGUGCUGGUCGUGGCCCUUGUGGUCUGCCGAUAGUACUUGUACAGGCGGCAGUUCAGCCUUUAACUUUUCAUAUUUGGACACUUUCAAUUCUGCUGUUGACACGAAAGAUAUUUCGUAUCCCACAUCGCUUCACCGUCUGCUACCUCGUCUGUGUCCUCUUCUCCUGCAUCGGAGUCUCUCUCGGUCAACUGAUGCUCGAGGCCGGCACUGGCGAUGACAACUACGGCCGGACUGCUGACAUGACCAAUUUUUCUUUGGCCACUGACCCCUCCUCUCGCCUGAUGCAUAUAUCACCGGCCGACGGUGGACCCACCAUGGACAGUCUGCUCGGCCUAAGUGAGCUACAGCUGCAAACCCGACUGCUUUACCCACACUUCCACUCUUCUUUAAGACUCCUGUCUGAGACGUUGAUAUAA